CGCUUUCGGCGAAGGAGGUUUCGUAGUAAUAAAUUUUAGUGUUGUUUUAACUCUUGUUUAGUACGCAUUGUGAAAAAUAUUGAGCUUUUAUCGAUAAAAAUAAUAAAACUCGAAGACUAUAUUUGAUAAAAAAUAAGUGAAUGUUUUAUCAAAGACUUGGGUAUUUAUGCAAUUGCAGUGUUGAUAGUGAUAAUUAUUGUUGAUAGUGCUUAAAUCUGUUUAUGAUGCACGUUGGUUGGGACGCAGCAGCCAUGGGCCCGACAGCAUUCGAGCAGCAGUGGAUGCCGAUGCAAGUCAAAUCCGAACCCCGCGAUAUCCAGCACAGUGAGCCUUUCCAUUCAACUGAAAGCAGUAGCAGUCGCGAUUCCAACCCCAAUAGUCCCCAAAGCAUGGACAGCAUUGAAUCUCACCACCAGCAAAUGCCUAAUGCAUACUACGAUCCUAGUGCUCAUUAUCGUAUGCAAAGCACAAAUCCUAUGAUGCAACACCAGUUCAAUCCAUUGACGCCUCCAAAUUUUGAUACGCCGAAAUUAGACCGCCUUUUGGGUGCCUACCACCAACACUUGUCAGCAGCAGCCUGCUUGCCUCUGCAAGCGCCGACUCCUCCAAAAUCUCCAUCUGGAAUUCUUCCAGAAACCCCAGAAUUGACGGCCAAUGAAAACAGCUGUGGGGAGAGUGAACAUUCCGACGAUGGACCUAAAGAUGAAGGUGAUAAUAAGCAUUUGAAUUAUGAUUCGGGUGAAGACAAUGAUGAUUUAUUGAGCACGCCGAGAAUUAAUUCGCACGGCAAAGUGAAGACUUUCAAAUGCAAGCAAUGUGAUUACGUGGCUGUAACUAAGACUGAUUUCUGGAAGCACAUCGAACAGCACAUUAAACCUGAGAAGAGAUUGUACUGUCCGAAAUGCCCGUUUGUUACUGAAUACAAACAUCAUCAGGAAUAUCAUUUACGUAAUCACACCGGUUCCAAACCUUUCCAAUGUAAUAAAUGCCGUUACAGUUGUGUGAAUAAAUCUAUGUUGAAUUCACACAAAAAAUCGCAUUCAAACGUUUACCAAUAUCGAUGCGCUGACUGCAACUACGUCAGUAAGUAUUGUCAUUCAUUGAAAUUACACUUGAAAAAAUACAAACAUCAACCCGCUAUGGUUUUGAACCAAGAUGGUACGCCGAAUCCAUUGCAAAUCAUCGAUGUUUAUGGCACAAGAAGAGGACCUAAAGCCAGACCAACUCCAAACAGGGAUGAUAUGCCGCAGCAAAUGUCCAUACAAACUACACCCGUUAGCCGUUUACAACAAUUGCAACAAGAAGAGCAGCAAAAUUUGGCUAACGUUCAUCAACAGCAAAUGUUCCAGAAUCCAUUUGCCGGAAUUCCGUUCCCAUAUGGACCUUUGCUCACUGCCUUCCCAGGUUUCCAAAAUCUGAUGUUCAAUAACAACAAUAUUGAACCUAUGUUAUCGUCCGGUAAGACAGAACAACAGCCUUCGGAAAUGCUACCCAGAGAGAAUCAGGAAAAUCAAAUUCUUCCUAAACCGGUGGAACAUGAAUUCAUGAGAACGCAGCUGGUGCAACCUCCACAGAAAACACCCACUCAAAAUAUCAUUAUUGACGAACCUGUAGAUAUGUCGCCGAAAAGAACCGCCGUUACACCAGUAGUUUCUUCACCAGCAUCAACAUCUGCUGAAUCAGCAUUAGAUUUGACGCGCACUACUAAAGAUGGAAGUCAAUCAAAUAAUUCUACAUCCAAAAAUAGACGAAAGGGUAAAGCUUUCAAAUUAGACCGUUUAGCAACACAGAGUCAAUAUUCUAGUGAAGAUGAAGACUCUAGCGUGACUCAAUCUCCUGUUAAAGUUAAAGUUGAAGAAGAACCAAUAAGAGUCGAAGGUGAAGAUGAAGUUGCUGCAGCUUCCACAAAAGCACCAGAAGUUUUUGAAUGUCGCUACUGCGAAAUGGUUUUCAAACAUGAAGUACUUUACACAAUGCACAUGGGAUACCAUGGCUACAAAGAUGCAUUUGCUUGCAACAUGUGCGGUGAAAGAUGUGGUGACAGGGUUUCAUUCUUCAUGCACAUAGCUCGUAAUCCACAUGUCUGA